AUGUUACCUUUCGGUGGGCCUCCAGCAUUCUCUCCUUUGAUGAAUAUAUCAUCAAAUGCUGCUGCAGCAGCAUCGCAGGCGACUUAUUUACAGCAGCAAGUUAUCAUGCCACCAUUGCAGAGAAUACCGAUGAUGGCCGUGAGCACAGCACCAGCAUCACUACAACUUCCCCAAGUAUCAGUGGCUUCACCCGCGACUACACCCCGACCAAUGCUUGUUCCACCUCAGAUGCAGAUGGAAAUAGCUGCUGCAGCACAAUCACCUCGCACGUCUUCCAUUGGUACUACUAGUGAUAUUUGGUCAGAGCACACAGCAUCUGAUGGACGUGUAUAUUAUUAUAAUAAAGUAACAAAGCAGUCUUCAUGGCAGAAACCGGAUGAGUUAAAAAGUCCCGAGGAGAAAAAAUUAGCUGCUGCAAAGCUGUGGCGUGAGUACAAAACACCGGAAGGACGACCUUAUUAUUAUAAUAUCGAAACUAAGGAGACCACUUGGAUUUGUCCAAAAGAUUUCGAUCCUGCAGUUGUGACAAAAGUAAAAAAUGGCGUGGAAUUAAAAGGGAGUGAUACAUCGAAAAUAGAACCACAGGGUAGCGGAGAAUCUGAAUUGGAAAAAGCAAUGCUGGCGACACUGAAAUCACUCGAACAACCUAAUGAGCAAGCAGGAAGUACAAAAGAAGCAGAUGCGGAAGAUGGAAAAGAAGAGAAAGAUCUAAAACAGAAGCAAAGUGAUAAAUUCCGAGAUCUGCUACGAGAUAAGUACAAUGAGGGGAAGAUAUCAUCUACCAGUUCAUGGGAACAAGCAAUGAGAUACAUUCAGCAUGAUCCCAGAUUUCGAAUUUUAAAUAAAGUGAGCGAAAAAAAGCAGUUGUUCAAUGCAUGGAAAGUGCAGAGGCAAAAAGAAGAAAGGGUAUGUCUUAGUUUUUUUCCAGUAUUGAAUUUCAAGGAAUUACGAUUCGUGAUUUCCAUUUGGUCACAGUGGCACGUGACUACUAUUUUGGAAGCUUGGGUUUCUACAAAGUUACAUUCUAGGGUGAAAUGA